AUGACGGAUGAAGGAGUAACCAUAGAUCUCUCACAAAAGCCAACUACUGAUGGGGACCCUGGACAAACUUAUACUGGAGAUAAUCAUGUUAAAAUUAAAGUUAGAAGAUCUUUCUGUCCUCCUGACCAAGGACUCGCUGCAAAUUUCUUCAAGUACAUACAUAUUCUUGAGACUGGAGGAGAAUUCAUACUAAAGGAAAUCCAGAAUAAUACUCCUAUAUCUAUCAUUCAUGACAUAAAGAAUGUUACCUCCGUUUCCGCCUAUUACUGGAAGCAUGAAGAGGGUGGACCUAAGACAUCCUUGCUAGUGGAAGUGAUACAAAAUAGUGGAAAAGGUGGAACUAAGUACUACGCCAAUAUAAAGGAUAGUAGUGUUAAUAAGUGGACUCAACUUCCUGGACCUCAAGGACCUCCACUCACAAAUAAUGAUUUUGAAAGAACACUAAAUGACCUAGUCUGUUCGAACUUUGAUGCGGUCACAAUGGAUAUAUCACAUAAUGCAUCCUUUGCUGUAUGGAAUAGUAAAAAACCAUACUGUUGCCGUUGCAAUAAGCAUAGUCUGAUAGAAAGGAAGAUCACUGUUACUAAGAACUCAGUUCCAGCUUCUCCUCAAAUUGAAUACUAUAAGCACGAUAUUUCUGUUGGAAACAGUAGACUAGCAGGCAUUAACUAUUAUCCUAAAGGUACCAAUGCUAGUACUCCCAGUAAAAGAAGACGUAUAAAGUCCACCGAGUUGAACUUUCCCAUGACUAGUGUACAAGCCGUAUAUGUAUUCUGCUGUGAUCGCAAUCCAGUACUAAUAUAUAUCGAGGGUGGAAACCCAGCUAAGGGCUGGUACAAGAAGCCCUCCAGUGAUAAUACCGAAUGGACGAGGGUACAGGGUAUAUCAAAGGAUCCAGAUAACAUAAAAGACUGUAAUAAUGAGGACUUUAAAAAACUUGUGGAGGAACUAAGACUAUUCGGUUGUCAAAACUUGAAAACAUGUAACAAACCUACUCAAUCCUCACAUACAGGACCAGGUGCUGCCAGUCUUCCUGGACCUGCUGAAGGUGCUGCUGGACCUAAAGCUGUAGGAGCACCUGGUAAAGAUGGUCCUCCUGGAGGUAAUGGACUUAUAGGACCUAAUGUUGAAGGAGACCCUGAUGGUCUUGGUAGAGGUAGUGAUGGUAAAUCUGAUAGUUCUGAUUCUAGUGAUAGUAAAGCUGAUACUACUCAAGGUGGAGUUGCUUCUGAUGGAGAUGGUACUGGAUCUACUCAAUCCUCACCGCAACUCUACGACCCUCCUGGUCCUACAGCUCCUGAUUCUCCUAAAGCUGCUGAAUUUGGUACUGGGGCCGCUGAAGCUCCUGUUAUUGCUACUAUUGGAUACUUUUUUGCUACUUCUGCAGGAUCCGGAUUAACUGGCUUCUUGGGAUAUAAGGGUUAUAAACUCUACCAAAGCUUUAAAGGAGAUCCUUGGGUUAGGCAGAUUUAG